ACCAAUCAGGAAAUUACAACUAUGCAGUUUCUGGUACACUUAAAUAGAUAUAAAGACCUUGGACACCAAGCUCUUACUGGCAAAAUUGAAGGCAAACGGGAGACAGGUGUUGACCCAGAUCUCAAGCAACUUACUUGGUGAGCCUAAACAGAUGGGUUACGAACGGGGAAACCUCAGGGUAAUGUAGCAUUUUUGUGACCAUCCGAGCAAAGGAAUGAAUGGAGAAGCAUGGUCCGCAAACGAAGCGGGGUAGACCCAGAGCAACUCACUAAAAUAGCCUAAACGGAUAGGUUACGGGGAAAACUCGGGAUAAUGUAGCCUUUUUGAGAGCAUCCGAGCAAAGGAAUGAAUGGAGAACCGUGAUCGCCGAUGUCUGUCGCAGACUUGGUGGCACUUUGAUGAGGAUGUUGUGAACGCGCGCGCGUGCCGCGCGUGAGGGGCGGAGGAAUGACGCCCAAGCGCGCGGCGGCAACAGGCGAGCGGCGACCGGGCGGGAGGCCCGUCAGCCCAUGCCCGUGGCGACAUCGUCGGCCGAGUCCGCGCGUUUACCUCUCGGCGUGUGUGCGCGGAGAUUGAAAAGACAGAGAGAGAGAUACAGAGAGAAAAGAGAGAGCGAGCGACCUGAAGGAGAGAGGAAGAGGGAAAAGAGAAGAGAGAGAGUUUGCGACUGUUCGUAUCUGCGACCAAGGGGGUGAGAGAGAGAGAGAGUGGGAUAUAAUAUAUUUAUAGAUAGAGAGAGAAAAGAGAGAGCGACCCGAAGGAGAGAGGAAGAGGAGUAGAGAGAGAGAGAGAGAGUGUUCGCGUCUGUUAGUAGUAUCUCUGCGACCACUGAGGUGGCGGACAUUCGGAUGUUGUGCUGGCGCGUGGACGGACAGGCAUGACCAUGAUUUCUUACGUGUUCCGGAGUGUACACCCCAGAAUUUGAAGUGAAGUCAACCGAAAGCUUCCCUGCUGUUGUGAGCGUUUUGCGGCGUUUUGUGAGCAGCAGCCAGCCUAACACCCUGCUUAUAGCGACCUCAGCUCCGCACGCCCUGCAUACAGCGGCUAGCCAAUCCCCAGCGACUCGCUUGUUGCGGCCAGCCCAGCCAAGCGAUCGCCUUUCAGCAGCAUUGCAGCUGCAGCGUCAGCAGCUCCAGGCGGCAAACUGUGGCUUGCGUUGUGCAUGAUCGCGCAGGCUCUGUCAGCUAGAGACACAGACAGCGCUUUUGUCUUGUUCUAUGUCAAUCCUGCGUGCGCAUUCUCUGUGUUCAUCCUACGUGUCUGACUUUUCAUUGACCAAACAUUGAACCCUUGACUGCCCUCAUACUCACCUCCAUAUCUUCCCUCAGCGUGUGUUAAGGUUUCUCAAGAACUUCGACCACUACCACCAACAGUUUUACUUGAAAGCGCUCCCGUUUUACUCUUUGCCUUUUUUAAUUUAUCAAUACCUCUACUCUUGUUCUCUUGUCUCUUUACAACACCGACUAAGGCGCCCAUUAAUUCUGUGCUCUUUCUCCUUCCGAAAUGUCCUCUAAAAGUGAUUCCGGCAGCGAGGAUGCGAGCAUGUCGAAUGGCGGUCUGUCUUCGGGCGGGAAGAGCGUCAACGGCGGCGGGCUGGAGCAGUACGAGGACGACGUGUGCCGGGACUACAUGAGGAACGUGUGCACGCGCGGCAAGCGCUGCAAGUACCGGCACCCCGUGGUGGAGGACCGCCCCGAGCCGCCCCCGAGGCGGGAUCUCACCUUCUGCCACGACUACCAGAACAACGGCUGUACCAGGCCCUCGUGCAAGUUCCUCCACUGCUCGCGGGAUGAAGAGGAGUACUUUCACCGCACCGGGCUCCUGCCCUCGCGGCUCAACUACGCCAAGACCCUACCGCCCAGCAAUGUACAGAAGGCGGACGUGCCUGUAUGCAGAGACUUUCUCAACGGCGAGUGUAAGCGCGGGUCAAAGUGCAAGUACCGUCACGUGAACGGGGAGUACGAGGCUUCCGAGAAGAGCUCCGGGGAUGGUGGGGACAGACGUCACCACGACCGCUCCUACGACCACGGGCCCGAGGCGAAACGCAGGCGGGCGGAUGACGAUUAUGACAACUGUAGCAGCCACACGCGCGGCGGGGGUCUGAGCUACUCGCUGCUGGAAGAAGAGAACCUCAUGCUCAGACGCAAGCUAGACGAGCUGAAGAAGCAAGUGUCGGACCUGACGGCCAUCAACGAGGUGCUGCUGGAGCAGAACGCGCGCUACCGCGUGAGCAAAGCAGCGACGGCAAUGCAUGUUCCCGGCACCCAGCACUCGCUUUCCGCCAUGGCCAUGGGGGUGGGUGGGGCGGCGGCGGUUUCCCCAGCACACGCGGCCGGAGGUCAGGCCACUAUGGCGGUGGUCAGCCCUAGCCUAACACAGCAGGUGGCGCUCAACAGUGACCUAGCCACGCAGCACGCCCUGCAGACGGCAGCACAGCAGCAGCGCCUGGCCCCGCCCCCUGCCCCAGCGGCCUUGACCCCCACAGUGACCAUCACGCAGAACGUGGCGGCGGCCGGCGCGCUGGGACUGACGCAGUCCAACCUGGCGGUCUCCAUGGCGCCCAUGAACGCGGCACAGCUCCAGGUGGCGCACUCGCUCACACAAAACCUGGGCGCGCCCUCCACCUCGCUCGUCUCAUACCCGAUCAUGUCCCAAAACAUGCGGUCCGCCGUGGAACCCAGCAGCCUCACGCACUAAACCACACGCACCGCGCGCGCGCGCGCACCUGCCCCUGAUGUCACAGCUGCCUUCCGGGGGGACACCAGAGAAGACCGAGGCACGCCGCAACAUGAGUAUACUAUACUGUGUCUGUAUGUGAUCCGGACCUGUAUGCCCGGCCGGCUGUCCGUUGAGUGAGGAAGGCCUGGCGGGCGUUUGACUUUGACUGCUCUGCCUGCGCCCACGACAUCAUGUUGUAGUAGUUCCCUCCACCAUACACGUGCGGACACGCACGGACGUUCACGCAUGCGUGUGUGUACACUCAUACACCUUUUCAAACACUAAUACACCCGUGCGCACACCCACAUCUCUCUCUUUCUCAGUUUGUCUGUCUGUCUGUCUGUCUGUCUGUCUGUCUGUCUGUCUCUCUCUCU